AUUGUUUUUAGUUUAGUUUUUAGUUUUCUGUGCCAAGAACAUGCAAUCUAUUGUUUGAAUCCCUGACAGAUAAGAACAAGACAACCUCAUCAGACAGUCUAAAAACCACUAUUUUGCCCCCAUUUUUACGAUGUGUUUAGGAAGGAAAGCCAUCUGCCUAUCAGACUGUGUACGCGGGAUUUUAGAGUUCUCUUGGUUGAUUAUAGAGAUUGUGAUAAUUAGAAGCUACCUUGUUUUUAGAUACCGCACGUACUGCUCCUGUAAAUUGCAAUAAUUGCUGAAAGGGUGGUUGUAAUAAGCACAAAAAAAAGUUAAUUAAUAAUUAGCCGGCGAGGUAUUAAAGCACAAAUAAUGCAAACGUGUGGGAUGGGUGAAAUCAAUACAUUUUUAGUUUCCUCACUUUCAUUCAUAUGACUUGUUUCAAUGUGUUUUUAAUCUCUUUAAUAUUCUGUUAACUUCUUUUAUGACUUCCUCAAAUAAUCUAUAUAUAAUGCUCGUUACAGUAAAUUUCAUUCGUCCGUCAAUUUUGCUCAGUUAUGAGGAAGGUGCAUGUUGUGUUCACAAUUUGCUUUUUGCAACAUUUUUGCAAGGGUUUCAUUUAUAAUCUCGGUAUGGUUAUUUCAUUUAUAAUCUCGGUAUGGUUAUUUUGUAUUCAUGGAUUAUUUAUGCCAACGUAACCUAAGUCGUGUUUUAAUUAAAAUGCCCAGACAAUUAAGUAUUCGGUAAAAAAUUUCGAUCUUUUUUAUUUGACUAUGCUUCACUUAUUGUUUGUUCUAGAAGAUACACUGAGUGAUUGUAAAGAACAAGUAUCUACACCCAAUUGUAAAGGAAGACUAUACAAACGAUCGUGGCGAACACUUGAUGGUACAUGUAACAACAUCCGUAACCGUAUUCUUGGAGCAGCAUUUACACCAGUAAAAAGACUACUCCGUAAGUUUCUAACCUUUGUGUUUGCACCUGGUCCGGUUAAUAUCAACGUGCAUAUGACUUUCGAGAAUUCAGCGUUUCUAAUUGUUUUAGCUGCUGUAUACUUUGAUAAAGAUGGCUUAGAUACACCGCGUGGAUUUCCUGGUGUGAAAUAUCCCAAAGUGCCUACACCCCAUGAAAUGUCAGCCAAAUUUCUUACAAUCGUGGAAGCUGAUUCUGGUAACCAAGGCUUAGUGUCAAACUUGCAUAUGACGUAUGGACAGUUCCUUGAUCAUGAUUUGGAUUUCUCAUCAAACGCUGGUGGUUGUUUAAAUCCUAGAUGCAGUCCACAUGGUUCAAAAAACGAUUUUAAAUAUCCUUGUUUUCCGAUACGUUUCUCCAGCACGAAAGACAAAGGUUGUACGAAAUUCAUUCGCUCUUUUGCCAUGUGUCAGAAAGGAGAGAGAACAGUUCGAGAGCAAGUCAAUGUCUUGUCCUCAUAUAUAGAUGCUUCUAUGGUCUAUAGUAAUAAUAAAACGAAAGCAAAAUUGCUUCGCACAAAUGAUGGGACUGGAAAGUUAAGAGUGACCCCUAAGAUGCUUUUGCCGAUCGAUCUGGAAGCGACAGAUGAUUGUAAAACACGAGGUGGAUGUUUUCUAGCAGGUGACAGCCGAGCAGAUGAACAUAUUGGAUUGGCUGGUUUUCACAUUUUAUUUGUGCGCGAACACAAUCGAAUUGCUACUAAACUCAGAAAAAUCAACCGUCAUUGGUCUGGUGAAAAAAUAUACCAAACAACACGGAAAAUUGUUGGAGCUAUUGUUCAACAUAUCACAUAUAAUGAGUAUGUCCCUACACUGGCUGACCUAAAACCUUAUCGCGGUUACAAAAGUUGGGUUGAUCCCUCUGUUUCGAAUGCAUUCAGUACUGCAGCUUUUCGUUUUGGUCACAGCCAAGUAAAGAAUUCAUGGGCACAGUUAAACUAUAAAUUUGAAAAGAUAUCAAACAACAUUCCUCUUCGACAAACAUUUAAAAACAACACGGUUCUCUUCAACAAGGGAAUUGAACCAACCUUCUUUGGAUUGGUUGGCAAUACUUCAGAAACAGUGGACACCAACUUUGCUUCUGGGGUUGGAGAAAAACUUUUUAUACCACCUGGAAUGUCUGGAACCGCUAAUCUUGCAGCCAUAAACACCCAAAGGGGAAGAGACCAUGGAUUACCUGGCUAUAACGAAUAUCGAGGUUUCUGUGGACUUGGAAAAGCAAGAAAUUUUUACGGAUUCCGAAAACAAAUUACAAGUCGAAAAUCUCGGUGGGCACUUAGAAAGUUAUACAAAAACGUGAACAACCAUAUCGAUUUAUUUCCAGCAGGUUUAGCUGAGAAACACAUGCGUGGAAAAGAGGUUGGCCAAACAUUCGGUUGCAUUAUCAAAGAUCAAUUCGAGAGAACAAGAGAUGGUGACAGGUUUUUCUACAAACGCCCUGGCAUCUUUACAUAUCACCAAUUGAGAGAAAUUAAGAAAAUCACUAUGUCGAAGAUUUUGUGCGAUAACUUAGAAGGUAUUGUUUCCAUCCAAAGAGAUGCGUUUAAAGCUUUCAAGACACAUCAUCGUCGAGUUGAAUGCAGUCACAUCCGUGGAAUUAACUUACGAGCAUGGGCAGAAUAUUCUUAUGGCGAUCCAAAAGAAUAA